UCUUUCUUCUCCGGCGAACUUUGUCGAACACUCAUGGCCACGAACGCUCCAAUUCCCGGCGGAUCUGGCGAAAUUCCCCCCAUUACUCCCUCUCGUCCAAUCAUACCCGAAGCACCGUCGGAAAUCUCCGCAUCCUCGAACUCCCUCCAACCGCCUCCUUCCUCUUCCGAUACCUAUCGCAUCUAUAUACCUAGCUACUCUCGUUGGUUUUCAUGGAACGAGAUCAACGAAUGCGAGGUCAGGUCUCUACCGGAGCUCUUCGAUUCGAGAUCCUCCUCGAAGAACCCUAGGGUUUACCUCUACUUGAGGAACUCGAUUAUCAAGCAGUACAGAGACGAACAUCCAAACAAGAUUAGCUUCACCGACGUUAGGAGGACUCUCGUGGGGGAUGUUGUCUCUAUUCGCCGCGUAUUUGAUUUCCUUGACUCGUGGGGGCUUAUCAACUACUCUAGCUCCGCCUCUGCUAAGCCUCUCAAGUGGGACGAUAAGGAGGCCGUCGCUUCUGAGCCUCCCUCGACGGUUAAAGAAUCCGCCAAGAGGAUCUGUAAUGGCUGCAAAUCUGUUUGCAGCGUUGCUUGUUUUGCCUCUGAAAAGUAUGAGUUGACAUUGUGUGCGAGGUGCUAUGUUCGUGGUAACUAUCGUGUUGGUAUUAACUCCUCGGAGUUUAAGAGAGUUGAGCUUAGCGAGGAGUCGAAGACGGGGUGGUCUGAGAAGGAGACUCUGCUGCUGCUGGAAGCUGUUAUGCACUACGGAGAUGACUGGAAGAAGGUUGCGUCGCAUGUUACUGGUAGGACCGAGAAGGAUUGUGUUUCUCAGUUUGUUAAGCUUCCGUUUGGGGAACAGUUUGCGAAAGACUCUGACUCUGAGGACGCUUUGGAGACGUUUAAUCAGAUCAAGGGCUCUGCUGAUCCUGAGUCUGAAGGAAGAGUCAAAGACGGUUCGUCUUCUCCCGAUAAUAAGCGGAUGAAGUUGACGCCUCUUGCGGAUGCAAGCAACCCAAUUAUGGCUCAGGCUGCUUUUCUUUCAGCUUUGGCUGGCACAAAAGUUGCAGAAGCAGCAGCACGAGCUGCAGUGACAGCUCUAUCUGAUAUAGACCACGAAGCUGGCAAAAACGCUGGUGGAGACCCAAACGGACAAGAGAUCAAUGGUAACAACUCAGAGAGAGCUGUGGCUGAAGCUAAAUCUCUACUUGAGAAGGAAGAGAAAGAGGUAGAAGGAGCCAUCAGAGAGAUUGUAGAAGUAGAGAUGAUGAAGAUUAGAGAUAGGAUUGUACAUUUCGAGAAAUUGGAUUUGGAGAUGGAGAGAAGCCGGAAACAGUUGGAGGAAAUGAAGAAUCUGCUUUUCUCUGAUCAAUUAAACAUCUUCUUCCACACAAGAAGAUCCAGGAAAGCCGAGGAUAGAGCAGAGUGUUAGAAAGAAUGCACUUUUGAGUUUCAAACUGUGAUCUCUUCCUGUACUUUGUAGUUUACUUAUUAACAUUCCUAGUAGCAAAAUGAACCGAACAGUACUGAGCUGCACUGGAAUAUUAUUUAAUGUGAUUGUUUUAUUUUUCA